GGACUAUCUGGUUACUGUGUGUACCAGCGCAUCGUCUGGAAGUGAAUUGCAGCCAGCCCAGCCCAAGAAGAUGUCGUCAGGAGCGUUGUUCCCGAGCUUGGUGUCCGGCUCCCGCGGCUCCUCCAGUAAAUACCUGGUGGAGUUCCGGGCCGGGAAGAUGACCUUGAAGGGAAGCACAGUGACUCCGGACAAGCGGAAGGGUCAGGUCUACGUCCAGCAGACAGACGACUCCCUGAUUCAUUUCUGCUGGAAGGACCGCACAACUGGGAACGUGGAUGAUGACCUCAUCAUUUUCCCUGAUGACUGCGAGUUCAAGAGGGUUCCUCAGUGCACCACAGGCCGUGUGUACGUGCUCAAGUUCAAGGCUGGCACCAAGAGGCUGUUCUUCUGGAUGCAGGAGCCUAAGACGGAUAAGGAUGAGGAGCACUGCAGGAAGGUGAAUGAGUACCUGAAUAACCCCCCCAUGCCCGGCACACUGGGCAGCGGAAGCAGCAGCAGCCACGAACUGUCCGCCCUGGGAGGAGAAGGGGGAUUGCAGAGCCUUCUGGGUAAUAUGAGUCACAACCAGCUGAUGCAACUGAUUGGUCCUACUGGAUUGGGGGGUCUCGGUGGUCUGGGGGCGUUGGCGGGUCCAGGCAUGGCCAGUCUGCUGGGCAGUGGUGCUGCAGCCACGAGCAGUUCCUCCUCAAGCUCCCGGAGCCAGUCCACGGCGGUGACCCCCUCCUCCACCUCCGCUGCCACCCGGCUGGGGGGCUCGUCCCAGGUGCCCACCACCCCCACCACCACCACUGCCACCACCUCCUCCUCCCCCGCCGCCACCACCACCACCCCCUCGGGUGGCACCGUGACCAGCGCCGGUGGUGGCACCACUAGCAGCACUACAGGGGGGGCAUCCAGCCCCACCCCCACCCCCACACAGCCCAUCCAACUCAGCGACCUCCAGAGCAUCCUGGCCACCAUGAACGUCCCUGCCAGUGGACAAGGAGUGGAUCUAGCCAGUGUGUUGACCCCGGAGGUGAUGGCUCCUAUCCUGGCCAAUGCAGAGGUGCAGGAGAGACUGCUGCCAUUCCUGCCAUCAGGGGAGGCCCUACCACAGAGCACAGAUGAACUGCACAACACCCUCACCUCUCCACAGUUCCAGCAGGCCAUGAGUAUGUUCAGCAGUGCCCUGGCGUCGGGACAGCUGGGUCCUCUGAUGAACCAGUUCGGUCUUCCCUCAGAAGCAGUCGACGCCGCCACCAAAGGAGACGUAGAGGCGUUCGCCAAAGCUAUGGAAGGCGACGGGAGCAAGUCAGACCAGGAGGAAGAGCCCAAGGAGGACAAGAAGGACGAUGACGAGGACAUGAGCUUAGAUUAAAAGGACAAUGACAAGGACACACGUUUAGAUUGAAGCCUUCUGUCUUCUCCUUACCUCUCCCUCUACUGGCUCCUCUAAUUUAUUGUCCCUUAUUUAUUCCCUUUCCCUGAGGAAUGAGACUGGAAUCAAUGCAAAAUGGUAACGUUCACUUGUGAAGUCCAAAGAUGUGUACCGAUGUUAUUUAAAUACAAUUCAUCAUAUAAUCUUU